AUGGCCAGUGAAGAUUUGAAAAGUGUCGCUGAUGCUGGUGUCGCUAACGAUGGUAACGAGGCCCAAAACGCGGGUGAAAUCGGAGCUCAGGACGUUGAUAUGAUGGCCAAUGAACAAAACUCGCAAGACGAGGAAGAUGAAGAAGAACUUGACAAAGAGAAGAUCAAACUACUUACAAGCGCCACAUCCGAAGACGGGAAAUGUGCUUCAUUCCAGAUCUCCGAGGAAGACCACACCCUGGGCAAUGCCUUGCGGUACAUAAUCAUGAAAAACCCAGACGUCGAGUUUUGCGGGUACUCGAUACCUCAUCCCAGUGAAAACCUUUUGAAUCUCCGGAUCCAGACAUACGGCGAGUCCACAGCGGUGGAGGUGCUACACAAGGGACUACAGGACCUGAUGGACUUGUGCGACGCCGUGGAGGACAAGUUCACGCAGCGCAUCCGUGAGAUGUGA